AGAUUCGAAGUACUAUUUCGAUCUUUUAUUCGAUUUAUAUUUUCUAUUAUCCGUGUAACUCAACUCUUGGUCCUUCGACCUCAUACUAUCCCUUCUUCUUUUCUCUCCCUUCCUUUUUCUUUCGAUAUAUUCCCGUGUAGUAUCCCGACAUUCGUCUGUCCCCCCGCGUAAACCGUUCCGAGCAACAUCUCGACUCUCCAAGUUCACCCUUUCUCCAUCUUUUCGUUCGAAGACUAUGUUCCCCCUCUUCGAUGACUUUUCUUUCUCAGUCCGAUGCACUCGUCUUAACCAAGGAUUCAAGCACGUAGUACGCGCUUGUCCAAGGUAGAAGACACAGUAGACACGACAGGUGAUACGGGAAGAAAUACAGAUCGGCGCGCGCUGUCAGAAGAUACGUAAAAAAACGAGAGAAGCGUAGAGAGCGAGAAAAGGAAGGAGGAAAAGUCGAACGCUCUCAUGGUGUUUAUCUUCGGGAAAAGUAUUAAUUUGAUCACUUUUUAAUCGAGGUAGCGUAAGACGAGAGGAGGAGGAUAAGUUCAAAGUAUGUCCCCGGAAUCGUGUCAUGGAAUUUUGACGACACUCGUGCUAUGGACAUGUUUAAGUUUCAGCGUGGGCUCUCCACUUCCAGAAACAACCGCUACCGUAUUGUUGCCUAUGAAAUUUGGCGCGGCCAGAUCGAUAUCGGGUUUGAAAGAAUCGAAAGAUGGGAAGAACGAGGUGCUUCGUGAACCUAUGGGAAACGUGAACAGAUCACCGGCAUCGAUCGGCGCCAAUCUCUACCGAUUGCCACCCUCCCCUGCUAAUUUGUUGAAACCCGACGGAUUUCAAUUUUACACGUACAACGAGAAAGGAGAUAUGAUCACGAGGCAAAUGACGAUGCAAGAGAUUCAAUCGUUGAUCGCGAGUGGGGGCCCAGAUCAUUCUAACGUGGAGAUUCAAGAGCCCCAGAAAGCUGAGGAUAUCCUUACGGGAGGGAAGAAGGUAAUGGAUGUCGUGGAAAAGGUGCAAAGCGUACUGAAAAGCGCCAUGGAUAAACCAUUAUCGACCCUCACUGGUUCUCAUCNGGUCAUCCCAGAAAAGGUGAACGUCGAGUGGAGCAAUAUUUUACCCGCCAUAUUGGCUGGUGACAAGUAUGGAAAUAAGGUGGAGGAAAGUCAUUACGCCGAGAGGCCAACAUCGAAGCCAACGCCAUCCGUGUAUCAUGUUAUCCGCAAUGAAUCGUCUUCGGUCUCGUCGAAGUCUAAUACGACGAUCGAAGUUGCGUCGUCGGUAGGACAGGAGGAUGUCAAGCACGUUGAAGAGACGAUCGUUAAAAAUGAAAAAGACAAAACGCAACAGGGCCAGUCAACGGCGAUCAAACCGACAACAGAAAUCUCUUAUACGGAGAAAUUAAUGAUACCGGUGUCCGUGAUCACGACCGAACAAGAUGCCGAUCUGAUCUCCCGGUAUACCACCGCUCAGACUCCCGCUCUCCAUAAGUUGACUGAAAUUAUGCCGCCGUUGGAAGAAAAGAUCGAAAAUGACGAAGAGAAUUUGGCGUCUGUGAAUACUGUAAUUGUUACAAAGUCAACGACGAUCAGCGCCUCGCCUUCAUCUUCUUCCGAAUCCACUAAAAACGAUUACCACGAUUCUACGAACGAAGCGUUGGAUUCGAAAAACGAUUCCUCGGUUAUCGACGGAGUUACCGAUAGUAUCGAUUUGCUGGCAACGAAGACGAAAAUAAAACCGAUAAGCGACGUUCCAUCGAAGAUGGGAACACCGUCUAUGAAUCAAGUUCAAACAUCGAUCGCGAACGAACCUUUCACUACGUUGCCGUCGGAUUCUUCUUCUUUCGCUGGUACGAACAGAUACAACGAAACGAGUUCGCAAUCGACAGAAUCGUCGAUUGUACAGGAGACGAUGAUAACGAAACCGACGACGAGCGAUCAUACAAUCGACGAAUCGAUUCAAUCUACAGAAAUAUUAGACUCGUUGUCAAAUAUAAUCGGUCAAAUCUUCGAAAGGAUUCCCUCUUCGUCACCUUCGUCCUCCGACGACGAAUUCGAAUCGAUUUCUGACGAGAAGGAAAUGUGCAACGAUCCUUUCAAAUGUACCACAUCUACCGUCGCUCAGAGAACGACACGUCCAUCAGUUAUCGGCGAAGAUUCGAAAGAUGGAAAUAAUACAUUUGAGGAACGUGUUCAAGAAACGACGGUAAUGACGACGUUAAAAAUCGAUGAAGAAAGCGUUUCGUCCCCUUCGAUCGUAUCGACGGAUCUACAGAUGACCGAUGAUUUCGAUAUCGUGACGAAAUCCGACAUUAUACAAACCGUCACUCCCAAUGUUCACUCAGACAAUUCAAAUAUUACGAAAUCGACGAUGAACGAGAGCACAGCAGCCGAUUUUAAUCCCCUACGACCUGUCGAGAUUAUCGAGAGUAUACUUCACACCGCUCCGACCGAAACGAGUAAAAUCGUGACCGAGUCGCUUACUUUGCCGAACGAUUUGACGGAGAAUCUGUUACCUAACACUGUAGCCAGCGCGCUUAUUACCAAUCUGAAUUUACUCAAUUUGAACGAUGACACGUCGAUAACGUCGUCAUCUCCGCAAAGGAUCAACUCGACAGAUGUUUCGCCAGAUGUUUCACAGUUAUCGUCGGUUACAGGCGAUACGAAUAAUGCAACGAGAGAAAAUUCGACGAGCGAGAACGAAAUUCAAAGUAUCUCCACGACGAAGGAGAAUUUGCCAGAAUUCUCUAGCGAAAAUGAUGAUGGGACAACGUCAGGAAUAACGGAUCGAAUGGUGGCCGUUACACUAACAGACGUGGAAUCUUCUCACUCGCAAAGUGAAUUAUCGGUUACUCCGAAAUCUACCAUCACCACCACCGUAUCUUUAUCCAUGUCUGAUGCUGUUGUUAAAAAUUCCGUUAUAUCUGAAACCGAUACUCAGUUGGUAAAUAGUACAUCAAUUGAGCAUACGUUUAAUCCCGUUUACGACGAGAUGACGACGAUAUCGAGUCAAUUUACCUCCGUGAACGGAAAAACCAAAAUUCCAAAUAUUGGAAAAAUUUCUGAAGAAGUGUCGCAGAAGAAUAACGAUUCCAAGAUUGAUUCGAUUAACGCGACAGAAAUAUCGUCGCAAGAAAAUGAUAAGGAAAGUGCGUAUCGUCCCGUAAUAAUUGAAUCUAGCACGGUUGCUACGCGUCCGUUUAGUGCGGAGAAUAAUUCGAAGGAUUCGAUUGUACAAGGUUCCUUAAAAAAAGAGACGCAGCAAAGAAACGAUACGAAUCUCAAAUGGAAUAGCACUACCUUGCUAUCUUUUAACGAUACAAAGUCUUUCAUCGCUAUUCCUCAACUGAUCGUAACGACCGCUAUACCAAAAGUAUCGUUGAAGAGCGAAACUAGUCAAUUUUCGAGUACAAUUACCACUAUGAAUCCCAUCACGAAAGAAUCGAACGAGGACAAAGAUACUACCACAAGUGCAACGAUGAAUUACACUACCGAUUGGAAUAAUAAAUCUGAGAAUAAAACGAAGAAGCCGAAUGAACCAUACUAUAGUGAUGUCGAUAUGAAGGCAAGUUCCAUGUUACAGAAUAAGAUGAAUAGCACGAAUGUAAAUUCGCAACAAAACACGUGGCAACGGAUAUCGUUGCAUCAAGUAACACCAUCUUUAACGCCAACAGAAGUCACUGCAACGAUGAAACAACAACCAACCCAAAGCACACCUCUAUCGAUCACAGCAUUGACUAUGGCUAUGAAAACAAAUUCAACCGAGAUUUGGAAAACACAUUUUCAAUCUACCUCCGUGAACGAGAUGGAGGAAUCGAAAUUUACUCUAGACGCAUCGAAAAGUGUCAGUGGAUUGGAUACUAGCAUCAGGAACGCAAGUGUGGACAUCAUAAAUUUUUCCAAGCUUUGUAACGAGCUUGCCGUUAAAUUUUGGAUCGCAGCGAACAAAGGUUUGGAUAGCGGAAGAUCGCUCGUUCUGUCACCGUUCGGCAUGAUCAGUCUCUUGUCGAUGAUAUUUCUCGGUGCUCGAGGCUCCACCUCUGAUCAAAUGAACGAGGUGCUCGGACUCGACAAUGUGGCCACUUUCAACCCGCAUCUCACUUUUCAAAAUGUGACCGACACGGUGAGUUUGGCCAGGAAUCAAGGUAUCGUGAACGCGGCCUUUGUACGUGAAUUGUUCGCGGAUAAAGCCAAAGUAAGACGAUUGUUGCCGUUCUAUAAAGAGCAAGCGCAACAAUUUUACGAAGGAUUAGUGGCUGAGGUGAAUUUUGCCACUAUCAGCGAUCUUGCCCGUCGACGAACCAAUCUUCUGAUUAGAAAACAAACCGGAGGCAGGAUAAAAGAUUUCGUGAGGAGCAAUUCGAUUCCAUUAAAAUCGCCGCUCGCUGCUAUCUCGGCAAAUGUAUUUCAAACGGAUUGUAAUACGAGUUCAGCAAGUGCGACGGGUCGAGAUGGAGAAUUAUAUUUUGCUGUUUCGUCCGCUCACAGAUUGAGAAAAUUGAUUCCUGUUCCGGCCACCGUUUGGAGAUCGAACGUACUUGCGGGUUACGAACCUAGUUUAGACGCCACUGCAAUUGCUCUUGGAGGUAUCGAUAAGAUUGUUUCUACCGUGUUUCUGGUUCCUGGUCAACAGGGUCAUGCUGCACCUGGCGAUACUUUAGACCGCCUUGAGCAAAGGCUCAUGAAAGGAGCAUUUCAAGAUGGAAGUUGGGAUAAACUGCUCAAAGUUCUUAUACCUAGAACGGGCCUUGAAUUACAAAUGCCCAAAUUCAGUCAUCGAUCCAUUGUAAACGCUACCGCUGCCUUGAAGAGGUUAGGACUCGAUCAGUUAUUUUCAAAUCAUGCUGAUUUUAAAGGAAUCAAUGGAAUCGGAAAUCGCCUAUUUUUAUCCGAUGUUUUGCAGAUGAAUUUGUUCAGUACAUGCGGUGAUGAAAAUAUCGCUAAUGGACGACAUCACGUGGAAAUUUAUCCAGCAAGUCCUUCUUUACGAAAUUCUCGGCAUAGCGAGCUAUCGAAUAUAGAGGAACAAUUCAGUAAAAGAAUAAUUCAGCCAAUCGAUGAUCAAUCGAAAAAUUACCGUACGAUUUCACUCAUGGAAACAACGAAAAAUGUUGAAAGAGCAGAGGAAAAACCUAGAUUGAAAUUGGAUCAACCAUUUCUUUAUUUUGUACGACACAAUCCGACUGGUCUCAUAUUACAUAUAGGCCGUUUUAAUCCUAGGCUAAUAUAAAUUUAUCAUAGGAUAUAACUUAAUUUCGCGCCUUUUUCACGUAUUACAUAUAUGUAUGUAUAUGUAUGUAUAAUCGCAUUAAAUUUCUCGCUGUUAUCAUCACGUUCAUUCAUAAGUUUUCGAUCGAUAUCAAUUCAUUAAUCAUUCAGAAUUGCCAUCAUGUAACAUGUUCAGUAAAUAAAAUAAUUUAAAAAUCUUA